UCGGCCCAGCGCGCCUUGCUUGCGUCAUCAGUGUGAGUGCAGAGAGAGAGAGAGUGACGUUUUUGUGGAGAGAGUCAUGAGAUGUGUGUACUGUACUGUAUUGCAAAUUACUGUACUGUACACUGAAUUUAACCCUUAGACAUGGGUCCAAAGAAAGCCAGAAGUGGUAAUGCAGACAAAGGUAAGCGGAAAGCUGUGAGAACAACUAUUGAGCUGAAGAAAGAAAUCAUUGCCAAAUAUGAACAGGGCACACGUGUUUCGGAUCUGUCUGCUGAGUAUGGCAUGCCAAAAUCAACCAUCUCUACUUUCCUUAGGAAUAAAGCUGUUAUAAAGGCCUCCAAAGUUGCCAAAGGUGUAACACUGAUAACUAAGCAAAGGCCUCAGAUAAUGGAGGAAAUGGAGAAACUGCUCCUUAUUUUCAUUAAAGAAAAAGAGUUAGCAGGUGACAACAUCAAUGAGGUCGUUAUUUGUGAGAAAGCACUACAAAUAUUCAGUGAUCUGAACAAAGAAACACCUGGUACAAGUGGUGAAGGUGCUUUCACGUUUAAAGCCAGCAGAGGUUGGUUUGAGAAUUUCAGACUUAGAAGUGGCAUACAUCGCGUCACUAGGCAUGGGGAGGCAGCUAGUGCAAACCAGGAGGCUGCUAAUAACUUCAUUAAAGAAUUUUGUGACUAUGUCAAGGCAGAAGGGUUUGUUCCUGAGCAGGUGUUCAACUGCGAUGAGACCGGAUUAUUCUGGAAAAAAAUUCCAGCCAACACCUACAUAACCAAAGAGGAAAAAGCACUACCAGUGCAAAUGCAAGUGGUGAUUGCAAGGUAAAACCCUUGCUUGUCUACCAUUCAGACAAUCCCCGGCCAUUCAAAAGGCACAAUGUAAUGAAGAGUAAAUUGGCUGUGAUGUGGCGGUCUAACACCAAAGCUUGGGUUACCAGACAAUUCUUUACAGAGUGGGUGCGUGAAGUUUUUGCACCUCGAGUGAAGGAAUACCUGGCAGAAAAAAAAUUGCCUUUAAAAUGUCUAUUAGUGAUGGACAAUGCUCCUGCUCACCCCCCAGCUUUAGAGGAAGAUCUAGUUGAUGACUAUAGCUUCAUCAAAGUAAAAUUCUUACCCCCAAUACAACCCCUAUUCUGCAACCCAUGGACCAACAGGUCAUAUCCAAUUUCAAGAAAUUGUACACAAAGGCCCUCUUCCGGAAGUGCUUUGAAGUGAAAAAUGACACACAGUUAACUCUGAGGGAAUUUUGGAAAGAACACUUCAACAUCCUGAAUUGUGUAAACUUGAUUGACACUGCUUGGAGUAAUGUCACUCAUCGCACAUUGUAUGCAGCAUGGCGAAAACUUUGGCCCGAAAGGGACAGUGAGGGUUUAGAACCUGAGUCAGCUCCUGUCGUUGAUGAAGAUGUUGCUGUGGUUGAUGAUAUUGUGGCCAUAAGAAAGACCAUGGGCCUUGACAUUCAACAAGAUGACAUCAACGAACUUGUGGAAGGUCACGCUGCUGAGUUAACGACCGAGGAACUGAUGCACCUACAACAACAGCAGCAGAAGGAUAUGGUGGAAGAAAUUUCUUCUGAAGAAGAGGAGAGAGUGGAGGAUAUUUCUAGUGGCCUUAUUCAUGAAAUGUGUGCAAAAUGGGCAGAAAUCGCAAAUUUUGUUGAACAACAUCACCCUGAUAAAGUGGUAACAAAUAGAGCAGUUAACAUUUUUAAUGACAAUGUUUUGUCCACUUUCCGCAAA